AGCGGUAGUGUAUGGUUACUAGGUAACGGACCUUGAUAAAAAUAAGAGAAAUCAUCAAGUAAAGCUCAAUUUUUGCUCAAAACUUUUAAUCGUUGGCGGAUUCAACAUCGUUACCAUCCUGGCUUCCCCAAGCGGUAUUCGAGAAAAGCUGCAAAAGAAACGAGGCGCUCUGCAGAGGACGCUCGGGAAAAAUAAAAAUGAAGACGACGUCCAGGCUCUGGUACCGUCUACCAAGUUCAGUGAGGAGAAGCGUCCAUCUACGAUGCAGGAACUUGAAGGCAGUGAGGAAGACCCAGGAGAAACUUUGAAACGCACCUUAAAGGCUCAGAGACAGAAGAGGAAGAAAAAGCUGCUUGAGCAGUCUUCGGUUCAGGGGUACCAUGAUGACAAGAACGAAGAAGAUGGGACUUCCGCAAUUCAGUCUCAUGUGGCCGACGAGGAAGCAUCCAAGAAACUGGAUGUUUUAUCACGAUCUGGCACUGGUUCUCAGAAACGACUCACCUCAAAAACUCAUGGUUCCCCCAGUUCCCAGCAUGCAGACAACUUAAUGAUUCGCCAUUUGGAAGAGAAGCUGAGAGCUGCCAUAUCUAAAGCUGAGACUCUCCAGCAACAGGAGGCACCUCCUGAGCCAGUUAGUCACCUCCAGAGCCUCACAGACAGAGACACGAUAACAAGGUUUGACAGAGAGGCUGAUUUGGACAGAACUGGAAGAAACGAUGUGCCUCCAUCCCUCAGUACCAGAGUCAAGUUUCGAGAAGCAGCAAGAAGAGCAGUGAACGGACAUCCAACUGCAGAGGAAGCGUACAACUUUUUUGCGUUCAACUUUGAGCCAGAUCCAAUUGACAGGACUGAGAGGAUUAGCAGGAAAAAACACAAACACAGAAAAACAGAAGAAGGUGGUGGUGAAGAUAGAGGAGAGGAGCCUGACGAGCAGGAGGAUGGUGAAGCAGAUGAAGAUAACCGGGAUGAAAAUGAAAGCCAGAAUGAACAAGCUCCUCUCGUAAGAAGCGAAGAGGAGAAUCUGUUUGCCAUCGACCGGUCACCCCAGGACUUCCUGGAAAUUAGGAAGGCUGAGUAUUCUGGGUACAGAAAACGUAUGCAGCAAGAAAGUGAACUCCUGUUUACAGCCAGCUUUCGUCCAGUUCCAACUUCCAUUAAGCUCCCUGAAAAUGUGCAGCCUCGCUUUUUAGAGGAUGAGGGCUUCUAUGUUGGAGAGAGGCCUGUUGUGUCUGUGACCAAUGAGAACAUUUUGGAGAAUCGCAUUUUGAAAACAGAAGAGGGAAAGAAAUGGUUUGGAGAUGAUGGCAGGAUCUUGGCUCUGCCUGACCCCAUAAAGGAAUCCUCCACUCGGCCACCUCUCUUCCAGUUUGAGGAAGACCUGGACCUUGCCCUGCAGACCGUGCACAGGAAGGCGCUGAAGUCCAAAUAUGCCAACCUGUACAUCGCUGGUGGAGCGGACCCUGAGGGAAACUACCAGCUUGAUGUUGACGUUUCAGGCCUAAUCUUUUCCCACCAUCCACUCUUCAGUCGCGAGCAUGUCCUCGGGGCUCGUCUGGCUCAGAUGUACGAUCAGUACCUCACCAGGCAGCACAAUAAUCUCACGGGACACCUCACUGACAAGCUGAAUGGAUUGAGGAGGGCGCUGCACAACAUGCUGGAGAUCCACGGCGGGCAAAACCUCAGUCCGGCCAUGCAGCGGAGGAUUUCUGAGUACAGUCUGGAAGUCAGGAACACCCGGCAGCUGCGGGACAACGAGCAGGAGAAAGACAGGACUCUGCUCAAGAAUAUAGUCAAAGUGUGGAAGGAGGUCAAGGCCCUCAGAGACCUGCAGAAGUUUACAAACACCCCAUACAAACUGUAUCUCAAAAGAGAAAACGUGGAUCGGGAAUCAGAUGAGCGAGAGCACGAAGAUGAAAUCUUGGCAGAAGUUGUGGAGUUGCAGGCAGAGGGUGAGGAGAUCUACCUCAAAAAGUUGGCCGAGUACAACAAGCAGCUGGAGGUGUGGAGACUGUGGAGAAAAAAACAGAAGGCCAAAAAGAAAACGAAACGAAAGAAGAAGAAAGCCCAAGCACAGGAUGACAAAGAAAAUGAGGAGGACCAGGAAAUGAGCGAAUCAGAAGGCCACACCGAAGAAGGUCCCCCGAAACCAGAACUUCCCGAGAAGCCAGACUUUGACUCCAUGGAGCAGUGGGUGAGAGAGAAGGUCGCAAGGAUUCGCAGGAAACCAGGAGAGGCCAUCUUGAUUCCUCAGCUGACCGCCUCUGGAAACAUCACUGCGACUGAACUCUGUCCCAGGGCUGAGAUAGCCCGAAGAGAGGAUGUGUCAAGACGCUCUCUUUUCAUCAAGAUCCUCUAUAACGGGAAAGAAGUGUCCCGAACAGACAGCCGCGCUCUGAACGCUGACUUCAGGGUGCACUUUGGUCAGAUCUUCAAUCUCAAGAUCAUAAACUGUCCCCAGAGCAUCAACCUACAGGUGUUUGAGGAGGUCGGGUCCUCGCUCUCCCUCCUGGCUCAGGUCUUCGUUCCUGUGCCCGAAUCCUCUGUUCUGACGGGCAACGUUCCUCUGGAGGAGUUUGAGUUUAGCAGCAAUCAGCGAGUGAUGUUUGACCACGAGGGAGUUGGAAGCGAUGUCCCCCUCUCUUUCGAGGCUGAUGGCAGUAACAAACAAACCCUGCUGACCUCUGGGAAACUGUCAUGCUGUGUUUCAUGGGGGAUUGGGGAAGACGACGUACCGCUGGCUCCUCCCGUGUCUCAACAACCUGCAGGCAUGCACAGUGGCCUGGACCGCCUCGAUGCUGUCACGUCCAUCGGAGCAUCUGGACUCUACGACAUGAAAAAAAUCAGCGAGUGGGCCACACAGUCACGACUCGACCCCAACGAUCCGAAUAACGCCUCCAUCAUGCAGCUGCUGAAGGUGGCCUGCAGCGGGGAGGUAACGGCUCCAGAGUACUUCCGCUUGGAGCAUCUCCAGGAGGAGUUUAACUUUGUGACUGAUGAGGAGAUUGAGAAGUCCAGAAGAUUUCGGCUGCUCAGGCUCAGAAACCAGGAGGUUGCAGAGUUUCGUAAUUACAAAUACGUUCCUGCUCAGGAGAGGGAGGUUACUGAUAAGGUGUUCCAGGAUUAUGAAAAAAGGUUGAAGGACGGAGACGUAAUUGACACCAAGGAGCACCUGGAUUCACACAGAGCUUUGGUGGCUCAAUACCUGCAGAAGAUCCGGGAGUCGGUCAUCCACCGGUUCCUUCUGGCUAAGCAUCACUACCUUCUGUCUGAUUUGGUGGUAGAAGAUGAAAUACCGAGCAUUGGGUUUCUGGGAAUUAACCUGUUCAAGCUGGCUGAACCGAAGAGACCGCUGAAGCCUCAGAGGAAAGAGAGGAAGAAGGUGACGGCACAGAAUCUGUCUGACGGAGACAUCAAGCUACUGGUCAACAUCAUCCGGGCUUACGACAUCCCAGUCCGCAGGGCUCCCAGCAAUAAACCAGGACAGUCGUCUCAGACCGCCAUCCAGGGGAGCGACUGGUACCUCAGCCAGGUGCAGGUCAGGCCCUUCGUGGAGGUGUCCUUCCAGCGCACGGUGCUUCAGACGACCACGGCUGAUGGACCAAACCCGUGCUGGAACGAGGAGCUGCAGCUUCCCUUCAGCGCUCCAAAUGGAGACUACAGUACUGCUAACUUACAGUCGGUGAAAGACGAAGUCUUCAUAAACAUAUUCGAUGAGGUGGUUUUCGAGUCAGGAGCAAGUGACAGAGACAAAGGCAAAACGAUCCAAACACGUGUGGAGAAACACUGGCUGGGCUCCGUGAAAAUUCCUUUCAGCACCAUUUAUUCUCAGCUCAGGAUUGAUGGCACGUUCAAAGUGAAUACACCAGCUGUGCUGCUGGGAUACAGCAAGGAGCGCGGCCACGGCCCCAACGGUGGGUUCGAUAUCUUGCGGAGCCUGAGCGAAGGAGCCUUCAUCACACUCUUCAUCACUAUCGAACCUCAGCUGGUGCCUGGAGAGUCUAUCAGGGAGAAGAUGAAGGAAAUGAAGUUUGACAGCCAGGAAAACGAGCGGUUACUGCAGGCUUCGGACAGAUUUGAGAAGGAGGCGGCGCAGGGCUACCCGGACCGGCCCUGCAUCACCACGGUCAUAGACCUCAACGGGAAAACCGUCUUCAUCACACGCUUCAUUCGGCCCCUCAACCCCCCUCAGGAGUUCCUGGACGCGUUCCCCGAUAAGCUUCAGGAAGCCACGAGCCUGGUUGCCAGAUUCGUCUCGCUGAUUCCUUCUCUGCCGGACCGAGUGACAUUCUCUGGAUCCUGCGACCUUUGGAGCACCUGUGAUCAAUUCCUCACAUUCCUAGCAGGAGAUGAAGAAGAACACGCUGUCCUGUUGUGCAACUACUUCCUGUUUAUGGGCAAGCGAGCCUGGCUGAUAAUUGGCAGUGCCAUUCCCGAGGGGCCGACAGCUUAUGUCCUGACCUUAGAGCAGAACCGCUACCUGAUCUGGAACCCCAGCACCGGGCAGUUCUACGGUCAGUACGACACCUUCUGCCCGCUGCAGGCCAUCGGCUGCCUGGUCAACGCUGAAAAUGUUUGGUUCAACAUCCAGCAGUACACGACUCCGAUGAGGAUGAGUUUUGACGUCACUAAAGCCAAUUUCUGGAAGCCGUUUUUCUCCCGAUCCUUCUCCCACCCCGGGCUGUCGAGUGUACAGCCUGAUAAGCUGGCGUAUCGCCGCACAGACAAGGCAGCUGCAGCAGAGCUUCAGGACAGAAUCGAGAAGAUCCUGAAGGAGAAGAUCAUGGAGUGGCGCCCCCGGCACCCGACACGCUGGAAUCGCUACUGCACCUCCGCCCUCAAACAGUUCCUGCCCAGACUGGAGCAGAGUUUGGGGCAGGACAUGGCAGAUUCGCACUGCCACGACCUGCAGAAAAUGCUGGGCGACUACAAGAUUUCAGGAUUCCCUCUGCACCUGCCGUUCUCCGAGGUGCGGCCCAUCAUUGAGGCGGUGUACAGCACCGGAGUUCACAACGUUCGGGCACCCAACGUGGAGUUCGCCUUAGCCGUGUAUGUGCACCCGUACCCCAACAAUGUCCUGUCGGUCUGGGUGUAUCUGGCUUCACUCCUCAGCACGUGACGUCAAAAACCCGUCAAGAUUUGUAUAUACUGACGCUGUAAGAUCAGCCUCCACACUCAC